AUGCCGAAUACGAUGAACAUCCACAGCGAGAACGCAAAGGCGACCGACUUUUACUUUCAGUCUUUGUCAUUCCCACCCGUUUCGACAAUCGGCCAAUUACUAGGCAAGUCCAACUUCAAAACAUGGCGAUCAUCCAUCGAGCCUGUCCUCCUCAGAAAUCCUCACUCCUCCAAGGUCAUCCUGGGGGAGUGGUCUAAUCCUCGAGCCCUCGCAUCGGGUGCAGUGUCGGAACAGGAGCGAGACGAAUGGCACAUGGCCACCAUGGCGACAUGUCGUUUCAUCCGCGCCACGUUGGCUCUCAACGUGGCCCCCUUCGUCCGCCAGCACAACACCGCCAAAGCACUCUACUUGAACCUCAUCUGGCUGUACGGGCCCGAAGCGGGCAUCGACACGCAAGGCGGCCCAGCUAUUUCUCCCGGCGCCACUCUGAUGCAGCAGGAUCUUCGCAGGACUCGCGAGGGACUCUUGGCAGCCAUGGAAAGCAAGACACCCUUCGGCGAGAUCACUGUCCCUGCACGGGCGCUAUAUUCGCAUCCGCAUCCACCUGCCGCGCACGCUCAAUGUCUGACUGCCAACCUGGGUUCCGGCCUCAGUACAACUUCGCUUGUCUUGACGGCCGCUGCGACAACAACUCCAACCCUGUCAGAGAGUGCGACUCAUGUCUCCAGGUCAGACUCUCAAGUCCUCCCGGCACAAGUCAAACCAACCACAGCGGUUGCCCCGUCUGUACCAACCCCACCACCGCUGACCGUGGUCCACGUCUACGAACGCAUGAGAGUGUCGCCAGACCCAAGUCUCCAGACCAUUCACGAAGAGCCGCACCCAGGUACUAGAGUCAGCUUCUCUCGCGCGGUGGAUACUACCACAGACCACGAUGUCAGUCCGGUGAGUCCGUGCGGGACAAGUGACGAGGAUGGUGGAGGGAGAGGUGGUGGCGACGGCGACGACGACGACGACGAUGGCGAUUCUUUGAGUCCUCUUGAUGACACGGACGAAGAAGACAUGUCAGUUUCGCGACAGCCGCGGUCGAAGAAGAGUUACGGCGCAGAAGUAGGGAUUAGGGAAAGGUCGAGGUCACUCUUUGCUCGAAACACCCUCGUCGCUACUCCUUCUACGAACGAAUCCAGCAAGGCCCGCAGACUUUCCUUUUCGUUCCCACUACGCAAAUUGAACAAGAACAAGAAGACCAGAGGCGAGGAAAAGAAGAAGAGAUAG